AUUACUUUUAUAUUAAUUAAAUGUUUCCCAAGUGUAUCCUGGUAGAAUGGAAAUGGAAUUGAUUGAAUUAAAAGAUAUAAAGACCAUAUCGGAUAUAAUACACAUUUAUCCGGAACGAGUAAAGUCUGAGUGUACACCACUCGUUAUUGACAAUGGAUCCUACAAUUGUAGAGUUGGUUGGGCUACUGAAAAAGAACCACAAUUGAUAUUCAAGAAUCUCAUAGCGAAACCAAGAAAGGAACGUGGUAAAAAAGAUGGGGAACCUCAAGUAGGAAAUGAUAUAGCAAACAUCGAAGCUGUUCGAUUUCAAUUAAAAACUCAAUUUGAUCGAAAUGUAGUAACGCAUUUUGAGGCUCAAGAACAGAUAUUUGAUUAUACAUUUACACACAUGGGUAUAGAUACAGAAGGCGGCGUAAAUCAUCCAAUUAUAUUGACAGAAGCAUUCCUCAAUCCUAAUUAUUCUCGUAACUUGAUGGCAGAAUUAUUAUUUGAAUGUUAUAAUGUACCAUCAGUGACCUAUGGAAUUGACUGCUUAUUUUCAUAUCAGCAUAACAACUGUCCACCUGAUGGUCUAAUAGUUAGUGUAGGCUAUCAUACAACUCAUAUAAUACCAAUACUAGAUGGGAAAGCAGAUGCUAUGAACGCAAGAAGAAUCAAUGUUGGUGGAUUUCACAUCACAUCGUAUAUGCAUAAACUCCUUCAAUUGAAAUAUCCAGUGCAUGUUAAUGCAAUAACACUUAGUCGAGCAGAGGAAUUGAUACAUGAGCAUUCGAUGAUUGCUUUAAACUAUCAAGAAGAAUUAUCCAAAUGGGCAGAUGCAGAUUAUUAUGACAUACAUGUUUUAAGAGUGCAAUUACCAUACAUUGCACCAACCACUGCUCCCGGUCUGACGCUUGAGCAACAGAAAGAAAGAAAACGAGAAUUAGCACGGCGAUUAAUGGAAAUUAAUGCGAGAAAGAGAGAAGAAAGAUUAGCAGAAGAUGAAGAGCAACUUAAUCAAUUGCUAGCAGUUCAAGAUCUUCUAGAAGAAGGCGAAAUCGAUGAAUUUGACCAGGCAUUGAAAUCUUACUCUCUUGCAAAUGAAGCUGAUUUAAUAAAAAUGAUAAAUAAUCUACAAGCAAAAGUAGAAAGAACCAGACAGAAAAUCGUUGCUGCUAACUCACAAGAGGAAAAUAUAGUGAUGGAAGAGAAACCUAAAAUUAAGUCAAACUUUCAUCCUAGGGAUCAACAGGACUUUGAUGAAUGGAUAACUGGAGUUAGAAAAAAAAGACAAGAAAUAUUAGACAAACGCAUGGCAAAAAGACAACGAAGGCAAGACAUGGCAAAGCGAAGAACAGCCGCCGCACAGGAAAGGAUGCGUAUAAUUAGUCAGUUAGCAAAAAAAGAAAAGCGCGAUGACGAUUUUGGCAUGCGAGAUGAAGACUGGGACGUAUACAAAGUCAUAAAUAGGGAAGGCGGCGAUUCAGAUUCAGAAUUAGAACAGGAAAAACUGCUAGAAUUGGAAGAUGUGUUACGUCAUCACGAUCCAGAAUUCGAUAGUGCAGGAUCUAGCGUUCCUAUGGUUCCUGGGGAAACUCAUCAGCUUCAUGUAGGCGUGGAACGUUUACGGGCACCAGAAUUGUUAUUUCAACCAUCUAUGGUUGGUUCUGUAGAAGCUGGGAUUGCCGAAACAAUCGAAUUUGUUUUAAAACAGUACCCUUCUGUAGAACAAACGCGUCUUGUAAGCAAUGUAUUUCUUACCGGUGGAUCCACAGCUUUCCCAGGAUUAUUAGAAAGAUUAAAACGUGAAUUACGCGAAAUGAGACCUUUUGGAUCAAACUUUCAAGUAAAUAUUGCAAAAAAUACCAGUUUAGAUGCCUGGUAUGGUGCAAGAGAUUUCGGCUUGAAUGGUAAUUUUCCUGAGUAUUUAGUCAGUCGCAAAGAAUACGAGGAGAAAGGUGGAGAGUAUUUUAAAGAACAUUCGACAAGUAAUACUUACACUCGAUCACCCGAUCCCUUGCCGAUAAUACAAGUACCUGUAGCAUCUGAGCAAGUAAUCGUAGAGGAUGCUAUAGUUGAUGUCGAAAUUGAGUAA